AUGUCGUUUCGGCUGAGGCGCAAGCCGGUCCCUCCCCCUGCCGAGUACAAGGUCGAGGACAAGGCUAGAGCCGAAACGCUGUACGCUACACUUGACACUGGAACCCCAACAAUUCGCCUCAUCACAUUACUUCCUGGCUCUUGGUCCGAGCCAAUAACCUGCUCACUUACAGUGACGACACUAUCGUCUGAGCAGCCCUACAAAGCUCUGUCGUAUGCUUGGAAUAAUGGCUACACCACAUCCGAGGGCAUCCUCAUCAGCGUCAAUGAGAGGGCCAUCCCAGUCGGCUACAACCUGUACACAGCGUUGAGAAGCAGCGAGGUCGUCAUCUGGCUGGGCGAGAAAGGCAUCAAUGACGACCUUGGCGACUCGAUCUUACCCAUGAUUACAGGACAGAGGUUGAGUAGAACGCCUGAGGACGAGUUGGCCCGGGUAGAGUGGUGCGGAGACGACCGGGACUUGCCCAAGCUCAAUGUGUACAUCCAGUCCGUCUCCAAGAGAGACUCGUCGUUCAACUCCAAUAUCUGGGACAUAUUUGGAGGAUUCUGUGUCCUCUAUCUUCUCUCGAUGAAGAUUCCUGCCGCGGCAAUCGUGCAUCUUCGACACAUUGACUAUUCCAUGCCCAUUGUGAAAAGAUUGUAUGCAAUCAUGGACCAAUCAUGGACCGUCGUGGCCAGAAAAGCAACCAUCUACUAUAGCAAGUUUUCCGCACCAUGGAGCAUGUUUUCCGAUGCUACAAUCGAGUACGAUAGAACAUACCUGCUAGGGAAUGUCAACUCUGUCUAUCCGUACCUCCACAACGGGAAACCGCUGAUGCACUUCUCUCGCAUCGUCACAGAGAUAGAGACGACACGAAGGCUCUGGCUGAACAUCCAGCCUACGUCUCUCCUCCCACUUUUGCGAAAGUUCGGAGCAAGGCAUGCCACAGACCAGCGGGAUAAAGUCUUUGCCCUCCUUGGGCUCGUCCGUCAUUGGCUGCGCGGUCCACGGGUUGUUCCAGACUAUCUUUUGGAAGCACGACAAAUCUUUUGGGACACAACCAUAACGCUCAUCCAGGCCAAUGGCUCUCUAUCAAUUUUGGUCGGAACACUGCAGCAGAACAGCAUGCAGUGGGACCUCAAUCCCUCGUGGGUCGUCGACUGGGGUAGUCUGCCUGAGUUACAUGAGAACAUUCGGGUCGGCAAUUUGCCCUUGUAUGAUGCUGCUAGGGGUCUGUCCGGCACGGCUCGUGUUCACCGCCCCUCUGUACUGGAAACAACUGGCUGCCAGAUUGAUGAGAUCACCUUUGUGGGCCAGGAGCUGCCACUGGGUACAGAAGGACAGAGCAGUCGGUUAGGACUAGUCGUUUCCCAGUGGGAGAAGACGCUCGAUCAACUCGGGACUACCGAGUACGUCGGAGGUGGAACCCUCUCAGAUGCGUUUUGGCGGCUGCUCUGUGGCGAUACCGAAUACUGCAAAGAUGUCGGAGGAGAGUUCAAGGAGGAAAAGAUCGAGUUCCGCAGGGCGGGAACCUCGACGUUUUUCACGUACCUGCAAUGGCGACAGGUAGAUCACAGCGCAAACAGAAGAACGUCAAUUAUAGGGGGUUAUUGGAAAGAGUCAGGCCAUGAGGAGGGAGCUAAAGAUGAGAAUGCCUUUCACCACGCGGUAGAGUGCGCCUCCGGGUUCCGGAGGAUCUCCAUCACUCGCAAAGGGUACAUCGGAACAGGCCCGGGACACGUAAGGGUAGGGAACGGGGUUUUUAUCUUGUAUGGGAGCCGUGUGCCGUUCGUUCUCCGCCCUGCUGGUCGGGCUGCCAUCUGCACCAUGGUGGCUGUCAGUGAGCUGUUUGGCCCGGAGGAGGACAAAAAGGCCUUUAUUGAUCUCACAAAGGGUAAAAGUGACAGGCCGGAAUCAAAGAAACUGUCAAUAACGUGUAAUGAUAUUCAUGAGGGGGUUUAUCACGUCCUUGAGGACGCGUAUGUGCAUGGGAUGAUGGAUGGAGAAGCAAUGAAAGGGAGACAAGCGGAUGAGGUUUCGCUGCAGAGCAUUUUCCUUGUUUAA